AUGACCAUCAGCUUCUUCGCAACAAGGGAUAACAGAGUGCACCGGUUCCUUCGGUCGCGCGUUGCCAGCGCAUAUUCUAUGACGUCGAUUCUUGGCAUGGAGCCUCUGAUUCAAAGCGUGAUGGAUCUCAACCUCAAAAAACUUGGUGAACUGGCAGACGACGGAAAGUAUUUUCCAAUUGACAAAAUGGUGACUUUCUUUACCUCCGAUGUCGUUGGGCAACUAGCGAUCGGCGGGAAGAUUGGGUUCCUGGAACAAGGAAAGGACGUGGAUGGCAUAAUCCGGUCUAUUCACGAUGGAUUCUAUCUGAUGGGCAACAUGGGCAUCCUCCCGUUACAAAUGUCCUGGAUUAACAAUCCGGUAUCUAAGUGGCUCACGAAAACCUUUGGCGGCAGUCGGCUAAAUGCUUUCGAUGUUUUUAUCGACUGGUUGGACAAGAGAGUUGAGGAGAGGAUGACUAAUGGUCUGUCACCCGGUCAGCCAAGGGACCUCCUUCAACAUUUCAUCGAGGCCAAGGAUCCCCAGGGCGGUCAAGUAGGAAAGAGAGAGGUCAUGAUUGAGGGUGUGAAUAUCUUGGCUGCAGGGUCCGAUACAACCGCCAUCAGCAUCGUGGCUUGCCUUGGAUACCUCUUCACCAAUCCCCUCUCCAAGGCAAAGUUGAUAGAAGAGAUCGACAACGCUUACCGCGAACUGCGCAUCGACGAUCAAGGACGCGAGAUCUCUUUUAAAGAGGCCGAGAAGCUGCCAUAUCUCUCUGCUGUUAUUCUGGAGAGUACUCGGCUCCAUCCAUCCAUUCAGUACCAGCUUCCCCGCGACGUACCACCAGGAGGAACUCAAGUUGGAGAAUACUUUCUUCCCUGUGGCACAACAUGUGGUGUCAGCGCAAGAGCUGUGAACUGCUCGCGUGAGAUCUUUGGCCCAGAUGCAGAAGAAUUCCGACCUGAGCGAUGGCUUCCCUUGGACCUUAAGGAUGAAGAAAGGAUCAAGAGCGAGAAGUCGUUGCUCAUGACGUUUGGCAUGGGCAGCCGCAGCUGUGUGGGAAGGCAUUUGGCGAUAGUUGAACUCUACCUGUAUAUUUCUCAGUUCUUCCGGUACUACGAUGCGGAACUGCUCAGUAAGACGAAACCAUGGCACACCAAGACACAGUGGUUUUCUUUCCAGAAGGAUCUUCAAGUUUCUCUGAAGAAAAGACGGCAUUCAUAG